AUGACGAGAAAGAUUGUUCCCACAGUCUCUACCACCUCAUCCACCGACUCUGUAAAUCAAGAAUUGCUUCAAACACCCAACAAUUCUGGAAAUAUUUUGGAUAAGAAACCUGUUGCUCUUGAAGGAUGGUUUUCAUUGAGAGUGGUCAUUAUUUUAAUGAUCAUUGCUUUACUGGUGACAUGUUCAGUGUUGAUUUGGUUAGCUUCAUUUAUUGGUUCCAAUCAAACAUUUACAGAGCUGUCAAAUUCCUUAAUUUCUCAAGUUGGAAAUAAGAUUAUUGUGUACUUGAAAGGAGAAAUUUCACCCAUUUCAGGAUUGGCUAAAACGAUUGCAGAAGAUUUCAACAGUGGUGUUAUUGGAAGAAGAGCUCUGAAUUAUUUGUGGACGAAGAAUGAAAUUUAUCGCUUCUCAGGAUUUGGUGUCUAUUUUCCAAAUGAAUUCUAUUCAUACACGAAUUUGACAUAUUUUAAAAAUGGCGUUUCAAACCAACAAUUCAUCAUGUAUUAUAAACCAGAAGGUAUGAUUGGAGUAGAGGUGUGGUAUGCUAAUGAGACUGAUGGAUCCAAGGUCUCUAUUUUUAGUAAUCAGACGACACCAUUCAUUGUGUCACAAAGAGACUACUAUGUCACAAGUAUGAAAUAUUUUGAUUUGUAUCAAAGAGAUGGAGUGUAUGGGGAUACUUAUAUUGUUACCAAUAGCACCUCAGUGAUGUAUUAUUCUGCCAAGUUAUUUGAUCCUGUUUUAUACGCUGCCAAUAAGACUAAAAGCGUGGUUGGUAUUUCCAAAGUCAAUAUUUCUUUACUCUCAAUUGAACGGUUCCUUUCGUCAUUGAAGCUUCUUGGAAAUGGUUAUGUCCUGGUCUCAGAAUCCUCUGGCAUGGUUAUUGGAGGUUCUAUUAACACAACCGCUCUGAACAAGAUAUCUCGUGUCUCCUUGUUUGAGUUGACAGAUAGAAAUGCAGGAAUUCUUAUGAAAGAUAUUGCAAACAAAUACGGAGCACUAUCUAAUACCCCAGACAGUUUUCAAAUCAAUAGUAUGGGUGUCGAUUAUUUAAUUUACCGCAUGAACUUUGAGCUUGAAAAUUUGAGUUGGAAUGUUUAUAUGGUGAUUUAUAUGGAGGACGUCACUAAAACUUCUACGAUCAAUACUGGUAUAUCAAUAGCUAUUGCUACUGUUGUCAUUUUCAUAGGUCUACUAAUGAGUAUUGUUAUUGGCUACUUAAUUACUCAUCCAUUAAGGUAUUUGAAAAACCAGUUUAUGAAAAUUAAGAAAUUCGAUCUCGACAAAAUGAGCUUCACGUCGUCAAGAUUUAAAGAGAUUGACUCGAUUUAUGAAGAUCUUCAUGACAUGGUUGCGUGGCUUAAUGAAUUCAAAAGCUUCUUACCAGAGGCAAUAUUUAAUCAGUUGAGAAACAUGGAGGAAGAGGAGCAAAAUAUCAUUGACCCUCGCAAAUCAAAUACCUUGCAUGAAUCGAAUUCUAAAAUAGCAGUCCAUAAUGAGCAGCACACUAUGGUAGGAUUAAGUAGUCACGGAUUUUCAUUCUCAUCUCGUAAUGGCAGCAGUCUUAUUAAUAAGAAAUUAGAUCCUCAUGGUAAUUUAUUCAAAUUAGGAUUGAUCGAAAAGGAAGUGAGUGUUGUGACGAUCCGAAUUGUGGACAUGUUUAAAAGCGUGACAGUCUCGGAAAUCUCUCAUGUUUUUGCAAAAAUUGCCAAUGGAUUAAGUGUGGUUUCCAAGUCCAUGCAAGCUGAUGUUCAAGUGCUUGGCGUUGAUGAAUAUCGGCUCUCAUUCACACAAGGCAAGAGAAAGCCCAACCUGGCAGCCAUGGAUGCAUCUCUGAAAAUUGCAAAGACUCUCGAAAGUGCUUUGAAGAAUUUCGGAAAAGCGUAUAUUUGUAUUGGUAUUGCGACUGGAAAGACUAAUAUUGGAAAUCUAGGAACAAAUCAAAUGAGAGUUUACAGUAUUGUGGGUCCAUUGAUUGAAAAUUCAAAGAAACUCGCGUCGUUGUGUCACGCUCGAAAGUGUCAUAUUUUAGCAGAUUCAAAUUCUGUCUGUGCUGAAGGAAAAAGCGCAUUCGUGGUGAGACCAGUGGAGAGGUUGUUAAUUGAGAAUGAAACCUUCCAUGGCUCUGUUUCUUCCAUUUAUGAAGUCAUGAAAGAAAACAAUUUUGAAAGAGACGAAUGGAUGUAUGAGCUAGAACAGCAAAAGACUAACAGUAGAUUCAAAGACUUUGAAGCCGCCUUUUCAAUAUUUGAAGAUCGUAAUUUGUCUUCCAUGUCAGAUAGUAUCAUUUUGGAAAGAAUCAUGGAAUCUCAAAAAAUUCUUACAACACACUUAGAAAAACACCCUGAAGAUGCUGAAUCAACUAAUCGUAUUCUCAAUAUUUUGAAGGUGUUAAAUGACAAAUCCAAGUAUGAAGGGCAUCAUUUGGGAACUGCUCUAUUGAGCUAUCAUACUAUGAUGAAGAAGAGUUUUGAUGAAAUCCUUAUUCUAUCCAAUGAAUCUCUACACCUGUCUUCUGUUGCCAUUGAUUAA